UAGAUAGAUAGAUAGACUUCGUGGGAUCCCCGGGUCCAAACACUGUGAGCUGGAGCUCCGUGGGGCCCUGGUUUUCCACGCAGGACCGCGUGUCCUCAGCCCACGACUGUGACGGAACAGCAGCAGCAGCGUUAGCAGCUUAUCAGUAUUAGCCGCUGCCUCCCUCCUCCUCCCCCCCGGGGUGGGUGUGCAUCGCCGACUACCGCUGCUACUGUCUCUUUAAAUUUACCCAGGAGCCCCUUAAGGAGCCCCAGGGGCCCCUAGUCCGGCUCCCCACCCCGAAGACCAGCAAUAGCCUUAAAAAUACAUGACUGGAGGCCCGCGCCGAGGCGCUUCCACCCGGGGACGACGACGCGCGGCACUCCGCCACAUAUUUAUUCAUGAUUGUGUGAUUUGAUGAAAAGUUAACUUGGCUCCCGCGGCGUGGCGUGGUGUGGUGUCGGUGUCGGUGGGUGGGUUUGAGGGGGGCCACGGGUUCCUCCUCAGCGAUGGGCUCGCGUUAGUGCGCCCUGUGCCAGAUGCGCGUCGGACGGCGUGAACGUGUCCCCGCGGCUGUGAAAUGCACCGAUCCACGGAGGGAAGGAGAAGAAGAAGAAGAAGAAGAAGAAGAAGAAGGAGGAGGAGGAAUUAGAUUAAAGCAGCGGCGGCCAGGACCGGGACCAGGACCAGGGCCAGGAUCAGGGCCAGGACCAGGACCAGGACCGGGGCCGGUGAUGGAGGAGAGGGACUCGGAGGCGCAGAGCGAGCCCGUGGACCUCCGGUGCGCCGAGCAGCCUGAGCUGCUCUCAUUAAUAAUAAGCGGAGAGGAGGAAGCGACGCAAGAGGAGAGUGACUUGGGAGAAGAGGACGGCGUCGCCAACGGCCAUGGCGAGGAGGAGUCGGAGGCCGGCCUGGUCACGCCCGCCCGAUCGCCAGCCACCAGCUACUGGAGCAUCACCGAGGGCCCCGACCAGCCACUGCUGAUCUCCCCGGCCCCCGGGCCCUCGGCUCGCAAGCCCCGGGUCCAGAGGGCCUCGCGCCCGGGCCUGAGCCGGAUCCCCGGCCGCGACCACCGCCGCUACUACCACGAGUACUGGCGCAGCGAGUACCUCAUGGACUUCGACCCCCAGAGGCACGGCAUGAUCUGCAUGGUGUGCGGCAGCUCGCUGGCCACGCUGAAGCUCAGCACCAUCAAGAGGCACAUCAGGCAGAAGCACCCGGACUCCCUGCUGUGGAGCGCCGCCGACAAGGAGGUGAUCCGCUCCGGGUGGGAGAGCCACCUCAGCCUGGGCGGGGGCCAGAGGUCGUACGGCCCGGCUGCCGGGCCUUCGGUCCAGGACGGGGACGAGAUGAUGCACUUAAGCCAACAUGCUGCUGCAGAAGCUCCAGACCCAGUGACACCUCAGGAGCAGACCCAACCACCCCCCAGUAAGUCUCCCCACUCUGUGGAGGGCGAAGCCCCCGAGCCCCGGGAGGAGGAAGAGGAGGAGGAGGAGGACGACGACCAUGACCACGACCACGACCACGACAACGACCUCCCCGGGCCGUCGGCUCAGACCCUGGAGCGCUACCUGAACGACUCCCUGCACGCCUGGUUCCGCCAGGAGUUCCUGAUGGAGUACGAGGCCGAGGCCGGGCGCCUCCUCUGCAUGGUGUGCGGGGCGGAGCUGCCCUCGCUCCACCUGGACCACAUCAAGAGCCACGUGUUGGACACCCACCCGAACUCCCUGGUGUUCAGCUCCGAGGAGAAGCACUGCAUCCUCCAGGCCUGGGCUCAGACUCACGAAGAGUCGGAGAACGUAAUCAAACCAGAGCCCGACACCAAAGACGGCGCGUUGGACCUCUUUGCCGGGGACAUGGAGACCAUCCAGAUCAAGACCGACUUGUACCCAGAAAGCGACGGCACUUUAACUCAGGACACGUGUCUGAUCGGCGAGGACGGCGGCGUGGGCGCCCCCCAGCAGGGGCCCCCGCCGGUCCGCCAGCCCAGGAAGAGGCGGCUGCGCGGCGGCGACCCGUGGCGGCUCCGCCUGGACUACCUGGUGGCCUACGGGCCCCGGGGCCAGGGCACCUUCUGCAUGGUGUGCUCUCAGGUCCUGCACGAAACCAAGGUCAGCAGCUUCCGCCGCCACAUCCAGGAACGGCACCCGGAGACCACGGCCCUGAGCAGGCAGGACAGGGAGGCCAUGGCUGCAGCCUGGACCAAAGACAACUCCAGUGACGGCACGCGGAUACAAGACGAAAUCAACCUGGGCGAAGCCGACGUCCUCAACACGUCGGGGGGGAUGAACAACCACGCGGCCCCCGACCUCAACGCCGCCGGCAAAGCGGUGAAACUGGAGGAAGGGGUGAGCGGAGGGAAGGGCAAGUCGAGGGACGGCAGCGGUGGCGGCGGUGCAGCGACGCCGUCCCGUCACGGCCACUACCCCGGCAAGGACCAGAGGAGGAACUACCAGGUACGCUGGAGGAUGGAGUAUCUGAUGGACUACGACUGCAGGAGGCACGGCCUGAUCUGCAUGGUGUGCGGGGCCACGCUGGCCACGCUGAAGGUCAGCACCAUCAAGAGGCACAUCCAGCAGGUCCACCCCCACUCCCUGUUCUACAGCCCCGAGGACAAGCAGCAGGCCCUGCUCAGCUACAACCAGACGGCGCUGCACUUCAUCCACUCGGACGACUGCUUCUCCUCCCAGGACCACGGCCACUCGGAGCUGGCCCCCCCUCCAGCACACUUUGGCACUUAGAAAAAGGGCUUUCCCUCCUCCUUACAUGGCCCCUGUUCAGAAACAACCCCGCCCCCCCCCACCCCCUCCAAUUACGUUCUUAAUGGCAAAUUCAGGUACAUGUUAAUUAUUAGUCCAGCCACUCAAAUUUUCAAAGUAAGGCUUCGUUUGCACAUCUCCAGCAACCACAUGGUUGUAUGGAACUCUAUAAAAAAAUUAUUUAUUUACCACUGAGUUCCCGUUGGUACUAUAAAAACCUAAAAUGUAACGUAAUCGAGCCAGAUGAGCCGAGAGGAAUCAGUUGAACCUUGAAAAUCGGUGCCAAAAACUGCCAGGGAGCAAAAAUAACUUGGCUAAUUUCUCCCGCCAGCAUCUCCCCAAAACACGACUUUAUGGAUAUGGAUAAAGUCACCUGCGAUAUUUUGCAGAGAUGUGCAUGCUUGCUAGCCACGGUACGUAAAAAAAUAUCUAAAGUAAAUAUAAAAACGUUUGCAAACUAGCUAACCACGAGUGUUAGCAAGCUUUGCAAACCACGAGUGUUAGCAAGCUAGCUAACCACGAGCGUUUGCAAAGCUUGGUAACCACGAGUGUUAGCAAGCUAGCUAACCAUUAGCGUUAGCAAGCUUGCUAGCCAUGAGUGUAUGCAAAGCUAGCUAACCAUUAGCGUUAGCAAGCUUGCUAACUACGAGCAAACGUCCUGUGUUACCUCCAGAUUUUAAAACAAUUGCUGUCAUUAAAAGAUACAUUUCCCGACUUUAGCGUAGCAUCUACAAUAUAUAUAUAUAUAAAAUGAGCUCAGAUCCAAGUAUUCACUCCAACAGAACCAGGUGUUGGACACAAUUUCCAAAAUCUACACCAGAAACAUUACGCAAAAGGAACAUUUUUGAUUUUUUUUUAAAUAUGUGGUCCUAGUAAAAUUUCAUCAGACAGCCCUCUCGCUGAAAUACAGGUUACCUUUGCAAGUGUUUUAUUAUUUUACGUUGAAUGCUACGAAUCGUGCAAAAAACUGAAGCUCAGAUAUAAAACUAGGAAGCCACACACAUUCUGUUUGUGUCGGGUCUGAACGAGCUUAAUACCGAACACAAACGAAUUAAACUGUAUCGUCGACGUGGUGGCGGUGAAUGUAAAUGAAUUGUUCUUUUUUCCUGCUAUGAGUCAAACACAGUGAAAUAUUUAAAGACAUUUACAGAGGAGGUAAAGUCGGGGGCUUGUUUCUGGCCCGGGGGCCUGAGUCUUCUCUCAGGAAGUUAGAACCACAGUUUUCGGGGGAGGUGAACUAGUCCGAGAAAAUAUUGUCUGAAGACAACACAGCACUUUGUCCCCCUCCAAGGAAAAGACAAAAGAACAAAAACAAAAAAGAGAAAUGUACUAAACCCCAAGUUUCCCGAUGUGCAGCCAGAUGAAUGAGACUGCGUUUUGAUGUUUAAUGCUGAAGACAAUGAAAGCAGUAAGUGAGUCCAGACCUCCAGUCUUAUUUAAUUCCUUGUUUACAGUGACAGAGAAAGCCCUCCUCUCACUCCUUCUUUAUAAUGAGAUAUGUUAUCUCUGUCGGUCCUUUUAUUUCAUCACCCACAACUCACGUUCGCUAAAAGCUGCACAAUAUGUAAAUAUAUAAAUUUAUUUUUCCUUUAUACGAGCACUUUUAUGCACUCUGGUAUCUACAAAAACACGUUUGUAAUUAGGCCCAGUUUUUUCUACUACUCGACUCAAGAUUUCGACGGAGGCCGGGAAGAGCGACUCGUCGUUUAGGACUUCUGCGUUGAAAGAAAUUCGCUCCAGCUUCGGUUUCGCUUCACGUUGUUGUUUUGUUUCAUUCACUGUACAAAGUUUAUGCAAGAAAAGAGAAAGAAAAAGUCUGCCAUAAAACGUCACGUCUUCACCUGAAACGAUGUAACUCAGGGAUUCAGUUCAUUUGUUAUUUUUAGUUUUUUGAAUCAACAAACCAUUUCAUCAGUUUCCAUUCAGGCAAGAUAAUUCACACGUGUGUCGGCUCUUUAUUGUGUAGGCGACAAGAGAACUGGGGCCAAAACCAGCGGAAAAUUAAGAACAAAGUCAAUUUUUUUUUUUCUUAGUGAAUAUAGUAUUUUUGGGAGAAAAUGUCACAUAGUAAAAGAAAAAGAGGGAAAAAAAAGAUUUAUUUUAGUUUCAAGAAAAAAAUUGAUUGGGAUUGUGAUUUUUAUUAUUAUUCUUAGAAUCAGUUUUAAGCAAAAAACAUCAAAUUAUUGGAUUAAAAAGUCUCAUUACCAGAGAACGUAACAUUACAAUGACCAGAGUUGUAACAUUGCAAAAAAUAAAAAGCAAUGUUAAGUAUGUUAAGUACAGAAUUUUUACAGAGGUCUUUAUUUCUCUGUCGGUUGAAUCAUCCCUCGUAAUUAAUUGCUUGUUAUUAAACUCAUACUCUGAAAAAAUUUAGUAGCAAUUAUUUACAAAAAAACUGUAAGCAAAAAAGCAUUACUUUAAUUAUUAUCUAUUAAAUAACAUUAAAGAAAUCAUCUUAUAUAAUAUUUAGUUAAUUCCACAAAAUUUUUGCAUAACAAAUUUUUGCAAAAUUUGGUUUGGAUUCUCUUCGUUACAAUGUAUACAACAAAAUGGCUGAAGGACGAUCUAAUAGGGUGCAGAAGUCUUUAUUUCUCCUGAUGAAUAACGUCCUGUAAUCAAAUCCAAAUCUCUCGUUAAUAACUCACACUCUGAUAAGAAUAUAAUUAAAUAACAAUUAGGAAAGAAAAACAAAAAAAAAUUGAAGGUGGAAGGCGACCUGUCCUAAGAAAAAACUUAAUUUUUCAUAAAUACUCAUAUAAUAUUUAGAACAUAUAUAUUUAUAAUAAUAAAAUUUUUUGCAGCUCGGACCAAUCAAAACAUGUGGGCGGGGCUUAACAGUGACAUUUACAACAAAAUGACAGGAGGAAUAUCUAACACACAUGACAAAAAGUGAGUUGGGACUGGAAGCUUUUGUUUUUUGCUGUUAGAAUUAUCAUUAUUAUUAUUAUUUAAAUGUUUUAGGUACAGUUGUAAACCAAAAAAAAAAAAAAUCCCAAAACAUAAUGAGAAGAAACAGUGAUAUAACAAGAGAAUGUGACCUGCGAGUAAGAAAAACGUUAUUUUAAGCGUAUCACAGAUUGUGUGGGCGGGGCUUAACGCACUGACAUUUACAACAAAAAAUUAUAAAAGAAAAAAAUCUUUCUUUCUAUUAGAAAAGCAAAAAAACUUGCAUCAUAAGAGUUGUGAUAUUCCAUAAAAAAGAAAAUCAUGACAAAAACGUAACUGUAACUAAUGUUUAAGAAAUAAUCUCUAAUAUUUCGAAAAUUUGACAACAUUUUUGCAGUGGAAAGUUUGUUCUGAACUCUGAUUGGUCCGUUCAGGGAUCGACCAUGUGAUUUAUUCCGUCUCUGGUAGUGUGACUUUUUAUUUCCUUAACAAAACGUUUUGACUUUGUUCUUUCACAGUUAUUUUCACUAUUUGUUGAUCAGGUUGAGCUCGUGGCCUCGUUACGUUGUCGUACCGACACAAACUAUUAAAAGGACGAUUAAAGGAAGAGUUGAUGAAUUGGAGCAGCUCCCAUCCAAGAAAGCACUUAAUUAUUUAAAAUCAAGUGAGUUACAGUGAAAUGAAUGAAGUGAGACCUGAUGUUUGUUUGUGUGUUUGUGUGUUUAUAUUGUGUUUCAUCUGUACAUGGCCGACAUGUGACAUUAUGCAUCCUCUCCUCAGAGAUCUUUGAAUAAAUACUCCACACCACCGA